AUGUUAAGACGUCAGAGUUCUGGUCCUGUACUGAAAUCGCAACCCUCACCUUCAUGUAUUCAUACAGAAGACGAUGAAGUUAUACGUGAGCCAAGCCAAAAUGGGUCUAAUCAUACAAAUGCCCUUGGUAUUCUUGUGGCUGUUCGUAUUCGUCCCUUUACUCGUCAAGAAAAACAAUGGGAAUUGAAAAAGCAAGAUGAUAAAGAAUUUGAUGAAAGACAUUUCUUGGAACCCAUUGUAGAUGUUGACAAUGAUGGGAAAACGAUUACAUUGCUUGAUCCAACAAACCGCGGUGUAUCCAAGACUAAGUUUAAUUUUGAAUACGUUAUAUCUUCAAUCGCACCAAGCGUUGAGGUAGACAUUUUUGAUGAUAUGAAUCACGAACCAAUGUUACCCUCACCUCCGCCAAAGCAAGAGAUAGAGUCACAAGAAGGACAAGCGCAAUAUCGACGGAAAGGAUUAUUAAAUGGGAGUCCAAUUAUGUUAACGGGAGAAAAUUCUGAUGAAGAGGCGGAAUUAGAGCAGGAAAAGUUAUUUCAAGCACUUGGAGUUCCUCUUGUUGAUUGGUCUUUACGUGGGUUUAAUGCGUGUAUCUUUGCAUAUGGACAAACUGGAAGUGGUAAGACAUAUACGAUGAUGGGUAAUCAAUCACAUGAAGGUCUUAUUCCACGAGUUACUCGUCAUUUAUUUAACUCUAUAGCUGAACAAGCGACAGGUCAACAACGACCACAUGAAAAUGAGGAUUUAUCUAUUCCAGGAAGUCCUUCUGGUUUUAGUACUUCUUCUAAAGGUGAAGAUGGUAGUAGUUAUAACUUAACUCCCUCCGCAUCUCCUCCUACAACGGGUGAAACACCAACAGUGUGUUUAACAAAAGUAACCAUAUCUUUUAUGGAGAUUCAUAAUGAACGUGUAUGGGAUUUGCUUAAGUUAGAACGUCGUAAAGGGUGGAAUGGAGCUGGAGUAGCUAAUAACAAUUAUAAUAGUCGUUGGGAUCCAGAUCCCUCAGAGUGUUAUGAAGUACUAAAGGUACGACAACACCCUAUUCAAGGACCAUUUGUAGAGGGACUUACAACUGUGGAUGUUAGUAGCUGGGAAGAAUGUCAGAAGUAUAUUAAUCAUGGUAACUCUGUGCGAGCACAUUCAUGUACGAGUGGAAAUGAGAAUAGUAGUCGAUCUCAUGCUAUAUUUCAAAUGGUUGUGACCCAAACCAUCUCACUUGGUGGACGUGUUCGUGGAAAAGAAGUAACGACGCAGCGUGUGUCUAAGAUUAAUCUCGUUGACCUUGCAGGAAGUGAACGUAAUACCAAUGCGGAUGUAAAAGGUAAACACUUUACAGAGGCUAAUGCUAUUAACCUUUCUCUUUCUGUACUACGUCGUGUAAUCACGGCAUUGGUGAAUCGCAGUAAGGUGGUGCCAUACCGUGAAAGUCUUUUAACCUACGUUCUCUCUGAUAACUUUGGUGGUAAUUCUCGAACGGUAAUGUGUGCGAAUAUCUCUCCACACAUCUCCAAGUUCUCAGAGACGGAGUCCACCCUGCGCUACGCCGCACUUGCCAGAGGCGUUGUGAACCAAGUUCGUGUGAAUGAGCACCCACUGGCCAAAGUCAUCCGUGAGUUGCGGGACCGCAUGCGGCGACUGCAAGAAGAACUCCGCCAGUCCGUCGAGGGCGGCGGGGAGGGAAAAGAAAAAGAGGUGGAGGUGGAGAGAGUCUCGGAGCUGGAGGCCCGCAUUGCCCGCCAUGCGGAGACCCUCGCGGAGGUGCGCCAGCGGGAGCGGGAUCUCUGCGCCCUCGUGCGGGAGGCCCGCCGGCGGGAACGCGACCUCCGCGCGGAUCUCCGCCGCCGGCGUGAAGAGGGGCGGCGAUGGCGACGGGAGGCGCAGCGGCAGCGGGAGGCGAAAGUGCGGCUCCUCACGGCCCUGCGGGAUGUGGCGCGGGAGAACCCGCAGUUGCAACUACCGGGGGAUGUGCCCAUCACCACAAGUGAUACAGAAGAUGUGGACGAGAUUGUUAAUGCUGAAGACGAGGAGGAAGAGGAAGAGGAAGAAGAACAGGAAUACGGUGAGGAGGAUUUGGUUGAUUUGGGUGAUGAUAAGAUUGUGGAGUGUUUGGGUUCCGGGGAGGGGGAGGGGGAGGAGAAGGAGAAAAAGAUGAAUGGAGUGAAGGGUGUGCAUUUACCACUAACAGUACGGAAUAGACCAGCGAGUUCUAGCCAACUGCCCCGAAUCGCACAAACUAAAGUAGAUGAGUCACCUUUUAAGAAUAUUGAUUUCACGCAACGUCCACAGAAAAAAGGACAAAAAGAAAAACAACAACAACAACCACUAAAUGUGGAUCGGUUGUCAGAAGGAGGAAUUAAAGUUUCUUCUGCUCCUCCUGUAAUUGGUAAGGGUCGUGGUGGGAAGACGAUCAAAAAGGGUAAUAGUGGGAACAAUAAAGACUCCUCAACAACAGAGUGCGUUAUUCCACACCCACCACUCCUUCGCCGUGCGGGCUCCGACACCGUACGGCCUUCCUCAGGGAUCUUGCGUCCAUCCCAGUGUGCCGUACCCCUUUCUUUACAGCCAUCCGAUGAUAGUGAAAAAGAAAUGGGUAGACACUCCUCAAACGAUAGUCCCGAGUGUGUGUUAGCAAUAAACGGAGUGAAUCCACACAUCAUAAAAGGUAUAUCAUUAGGUGGUGGUAGAUCACCAACACCACCACUAUUACAAAACCACAUCUCUCCAUCCUCUCCACCGAAACGAAAAAAGAAGAAUAAUCGUAAUGAUAAUAUUAGUGUUGAUACAAUACUAGAUAUCCAAACAGAUUUUAUUGUGGGUGAGAAUAAUAGUGACAAGGAAAAUCAUAAACGUUCAUUAGUGAAUCGUCCUCCUCCACUGCAUCCACGACGUUUGGUAGAAACUCCAUUUUCCAAACCAGAGUCAAUACUCUCAAAGAAAACACCAAACAGUAACAGUAGUAAUGGUAGUAAUCCACAAAAGGCGUACAAUAGGGAGAACGGAGUAGUCCAUAAUAAUUUGGCAUUAUUGAAAAAACGAGAUGCCGUUGUAGUACAACGGUCCACCCCCCUUGACAAGACACGUGCUAUGGUCCGCAAGGGUUAA